UGACAUCAGGACCAGAUUACUCUCCAAGCUAGAAUCGGAUGGAGAAGUCAUCGAUAUCAGCCUCUGUCUGUGCAGUCAAUCAGAAGAAGUAUCAAUCGAAACCAUCUGCUCAAGCUCAUCAGUCAAAGGACAGCAAGAAUUCUAGUAUUCCGAAGACACCAUGCUGGCAGUGCGGUGGCAUGCACUUUGUUCGUGAAUGCCCUUUUGCAAAUCACACCUGCAAAUCCUGUAACAAAGUUGGGCAUAAGGAAGGCUACUGCAGCUGCAUUUCCGUUAAGCCCAAUACCGGAGGCAAGAAAUUCAAAAACAAAAAGAAGUCGACCGUCAACGGUGUUUUUGAAGUCAACCAGGUGAACAGCGAAGUCCGGCGAAAGUUCAUAACAGUCAUCAUUUGCGGUGUGAAAAUCAAGCUUCAAUUCGACACAGCAUCGGAUAUUUCCAUCAUAUCAAAGGAAACUUGGAAAAACCUUGGAUCUCCGGAACUGAAGCCAUCUAAAAGCGAAGCAAAAACGGCAUCUGGUAAACCUCUGCAUUUGAUCGGUGAACUUGCGUGUUCCAUCACUCUGGGAGGUGUCAUCAAAGACGGCACUUGCUUCGUGACCACUCAUCCCAGUCUCAAUUUUCCGAUCCAGUUCUACAAGACAGCCUUUCCAAACGUGUUUAAGGAGACUCUCGGACAUUGCAAGAAGACAAAAGUAAAGUUGUACCUCAAGCAAGAAGCACGUUCCGUAUUCAAACCGAAACGUCCUGUUCCUUUUACAUCUGUAGCGAAGGUUGAUGCCGAGUUGGAUCGCCUGGAGCAGUUGGACAUCAUCACACCUGUCGAUUUUUCCCAAUGGGCUGCGCCAAUCGUUACUGUAAGGAAGCCUAACGGAAAAAUACGCAUCUGUGCCGAUUAUUCGACCGGAUUGAACGCUGCAUUGGAAGCUAACAACUAUCCGUUGCCAGUUCCGGACGACAUCUUCACGAAGCUGAACGGAUGCAAGUUUUUCAGUAUCAUCGAUCUUUCGGACGCUUACCUUCAAGUUGAAGUGGACGACGAUUCAAAAGAACUUCUAACCAUCAACACACAUAGAGGACUCUAUCGUUUCAACAGAUUGGCACCUGGUGUGAAGUCUGCCCCCGGCGCUUUUCAGCAGCUCAUGAAUGGUAUGAUAGCAGAUCUGCAAGGUGUUGAAUCUUUCCUGGAUGACAUCAUAGUGUUUAGCAAAACUGAAAUGGAGCAUCAUCAACGUCUGGAAGCUCUUUUCAAACGAUUGGAAGAGUACGGAUUUCAUCUUCGUGAAGAAAAAUGUAGUAUUUUUCAACAAGAAAUCAAAUAUCUGGGCCACAUCGUGGAUAAAAACGGUCUACGCCCGAAUCCAGCGAAGAUUGAAGCAAUCGUUAAGAUGCCUGCGCCAACCGAUAUCAGCAGUCUGCGGUCUUUUCUUGACGCUGUUAAUUUUUACGGAAAAUUCGUGAAGAAAAUGCACCAGCUACGACGCCCUCUCGAUGCGCUUCUGAAGAAGGAUGUCCAGUUCAAUUGGUCUCCAAUUUGUCAGCAGUCGUUUGAAAAUGAGAAAAUCAAGGAAGUUCUUCAAUCUGGUUUACUGCUUACUCAUUACGACCCGAAGUUGGAGAUCAUCAUCGCUGCAGACGCAUCAAAAUCUGGUAUCGGAGCAGUGGCUAUGCAUCGUUUUCCUGAUGGCAGCUUGAAAGCAAUAGCUCAUGUUUCCCGCACACUGACUCAAGCUGAAGUUGGUUACAGUCAAAUCGAAAAGGAAGGCCUAGCAUUGAUUUUUGCAGUUACCAAAUUCCAUCGAAUGAUCCUUGGCAGGAAAUUCACGCUUCAAACCGACCAUCAACCUUUACUGCGAAUUUUUGGAUCAAAGAAAGGAAUUCCUUUGCAUACCGCAAACCACUUGCAACGAUGGGCGUUAACUCUAUUGUGCUACGACUUCGAGAUUGAGUACGUUUCUACAACCCAGUUUGGCUACGCUGAUAUGCUGUCGCGCCUCAUCAACCAUUACACGAAAUCAGACGAAGACUUCAUCAUUGCUGCAAUUCAGUUUGAAGAAGAUAUCGAGGUUCCGUUGGACGAAGCAGUCGGUAUUCUGCCUAUAACAUUCAAGAUGGUGCUGAAAAAUACAUCCAAGUGUCCAGUUUUACAGAAGGUGAUCAGCUUCAUCCAGCAAGUGCAACAGUUGUGCAGCUCAAAGUCGCCGAGAAAGGUUCCGCUACAGUCAUGGCCCCUGACCGUUCAUCCCUGGGAGCGAAUUCAUAUCGAUUGCGCUAUACCGUUCUUUGGCCAAUAUUGUCGUCUGGUUGUCGUCGACGCACAUUCCAAAUGGCCUGAAGUGAAGAUCGUUCAAUCCCCAACAACAUCGAGUGUCACUGAAUUUUUGGACGAAUUAUUUUCACGAUUUGGAGUUCCUACUACUGUGGUAUCGGACAACGGAUCGCAGUUCACCUCGGAGCUAUUUGCCGUGUUCUGCAAAGCAAACGGAAUCCAGCACCUCAAAACAGCACCGUACCAUCCACAGUCCAAUGGCCAGGCGGAGAGAUUCGUUGACACGUUGAAGAGAUCACUACUCAAGAUAAACGAGGGGGAGAAGAUUACCAAUACGCUUCAAGUGUUUCUUCAAACCUAUCGGUCAACGCCGAGUCGUACACUGGACGGAAGAUCACCAGCAGAGCUAAUGCUUGGUCGCAAUAAUGUUUAA